UAUACAUUUUGCCAGGGUUCGGGGUUGGUGGGAUCCGGGUCAAAGUUUUUCUACUUACAUUAGUUGUCGCACCAAGUAUCAUUUCGUACUUACGGGUUUAUACAAGGACUUCUACAGUGUAACAUAGGGUGUGACUAGCCGCAUGGCUCUCCGAAGGUGUGUGAGGUUUGCUGGGCUCGCUCCGCGGCUGUUAUGGAACAGUACCGUCCUGCCGGGACCUUCCGCCCCAGGACGAACCUGCGCGUCCAGCCUUGUCAUCGCUAACCGCUGUUGUAAAGCCGCAGAGCAGCAGCUCCGUCGGUUCAGUGCUGCGCCAUCGAGCACGAGUGUGAGUUAUGAGCAGCUGAAGCGGCUCCUGGCGGGGCGCGAAGCCGUGGUCAUAGACGUCCGCGAGCCGUGGGAGCUCCGGGAGUACGGCCUCAUCCCCGGGUCCAUCAACGUUCCCCUGGGACAGGUGAACACUGCCCUCCAACUGGCUCCCGAAGAGUUCCAUGAAAAGUACGGGGGUGGGAUGCCCCAGCAGACGGAUAACGUUGUGUUCACCUGUCUGGCAGGGGUCAGGAGCCAGAAAGCCCUGGACACAGCCGUCUCGUUGGGAUACAAAGAUGUUCAUAAUUACCUUGGUGGAUGGCAAGACUGGGAGAAGAAUGAACAGCAAAAGUGAUCCAGGGAUGUUGAAACAGGAGAAAAAAGAAUCCAACAGAGAUCAGACUGGCGAGCAGGGUGCAUGCUCUGGUCACAAGGCUUCUUGAAAAGGGGUUGUAAAAUAAUUUACUCCUUUAUUUCUUUCCUCAUCUGUGAAUCCCCAAAAGUGAAACCAGAGGGCUCAGGACAUAUCAACCAGCACAUCUCUGCUGCUAAACAUACAUUGUGAUACUACUUGUAAUUUAAUUAUAAAACUAUUUAUAAACUAUUUACAACUGGUAACCUCUGAUUAUUUUAAUUCUCUAUACAAUGAUGGUGAAUGAAAAGGAAGUGGUCCUGUACCAAUCUCUAUUUGACGCUCAUGCAUCUGUAGUUGUUGCAUACAUCAUUCAAUAAAUACAAUUAU